AUGAGUGCUAAGCGUCCAAAGGGGAAGAUAAAGGUACCAAAGAAGCCUAAUCCAACAGAUAGCCAGUUCAAUGACAAUUGGGAAAGAUUGGCUCAAGCGAUCCGAGAGAUUCAUAAAAAAAAUGCAUCGAUCCUCAGUUUCGAAGAACUUUAUCGCAAUGCCUAUAACAUGGUUCUUCAUAAAAACGGCGACAAAUUAUAUAAUGGAGUCAGAGAGGUUAUUACGCAGCAUCUAGAAGAAGUCGCGCAAGCACAAAUCGUGCCUGCUUUUCCUGUAUCGGAUGCAAGUACUUCUCACGGAGGUACGGCAAAUGGAGCUAGUGGCGCAAGCUUUUUAAAAGUCUUAAAAAGUGUCUGGGAGGAUCAUACUACCUGCAUGCUGAUGAUUAGAGAUAUUUUAAUGUAUAUGGAUCGUGUAUAUGUUAAAACAGCCAGUGUUCCAUUAGUAUACGAUCUUGGGUUAGAUCUCUUCCGAGACACAAUCGUCAGAUCACCAAAUUAUUCAAUUCAAGAUCAUUUAUUGAACGUACUGUUGCAACAAAUCCACUUCGAACGUGAAAACGAUAUAAUUGACCGAUCAGCAGUCAAGGCAGCAAUGGAAAUGUUGCUACAAUUAACGGAUUCUCCACAAACGGGUGACACCGUAUACGCUGCCGAUUUUGAAAAAAAAUUCCUGGAAACAAGUAAAGAUUAUUACAACCUAGAAGGACAAACUUUAGUAGAGAAAUAUGAUGCACCUGAAUAUAUGAAAAAGGUUGAAAAAAGGUUAAACGAAGAGGAACAACGCAUAAAUAAUUAUCUUUCACAGACAACAGAACCUGGAAUUCGGAGUAUUGUCGAGGAACAAUUGAUCUCGAAACAUCUCAAAACAAUGGAAAACUCUGGAUUGAUCCCAAUGUUGAACAAUGAAAAGAUGGAUGACCUUGCACGAAUGUACAAAUUGUUUAGUCGAGUACAGCAAGGACACGAAGAAAUGAAAAGUGCCGUUAGCGCGCAUAUCCGUGAGCUUGGCAAAGCUAUCAAUGAAACUGUGACGAGUGCCACUACAACAGGAGAAGGAGGUUCUAGUAACGCUGGUGAUAAUAGAUCAACAGGGACAGUUAUAGCAAUACGAUGGGUACAGGAGGUUUUGGAUCUUAAAGAUAAAUUUGAUAAAGUUUUAGGUCAUGCACUUAUGAACGAUAAAUCUUUUCAAACAUCAUUCAACGAGGCCUUUGGAGAUUUUAUCAAUAAGAAUCCAAAAUCUCCCGAAUUUAUAUCGUUGUUUAUCGACGAGAAUCUAAAGAAAGGAUUAAAAGGAAAAACAGAGGAAGAGGUUGAUAAUGUCCUCGAUAAAACAUUAACAUUAUUCCGCUUCAUAACCGAAAAAGACGUAUUCGAACGUUACUACAAACAACAUCUGGCCAGAAGAUUACUAAAUCAACGAAGUGUGAGUGACGAUGCUGAGAGAGGAAUGAUCGGAAAACUGAAGUCCGAAUGUGGAUAUCAAUUCACGACAAAACUAGAAGGGAUGUUUAAUGAUAUGAGAAUUUCCAAUGAUACCAUGGUUGACUUUAAAGACUUUUUAGAUAAACCAGAUAUGGAUCGUCCUAGAAUGGAUCUCAGUGUCACUGUCCUCACUUCUACUUUCUGGCCAAUGAAUUUAGCGGCUAGUCCACGAUGUAACUUCCCUGCUGAAAUCACCAAAGCAUGCGAAACCUUCCAAAAAUUCUACCUAGGCCGACAUAGUGGACGUAGACUCACAUGGCAAGCUCAAAUGGGAAAUGCUGAUAUUCGUGCCACAUUUAAAUCUCGAAAACAUGACAUUAAUGUGUCUACAUGUGCAAUGGUGAUUCUACUUAUGUUCAAUAAUUUACCAGACGGGCAAAACCUUUCUUAUGAGCAAAUAAAAGGCGAAACUGAUAUUCCAGAGGCAGAAUUAAAGCGUAAUCUGCAAUCACUUGCCUGCGCAAAAUACAAAAUUCUCGUCAAAGAACCAAAAUCCAAAGAAAUCAACGCGGACGAUAAGUUCCUCUUUAAUAAAGACUUUUCCGCGCCUUUACAGCGUAUUAAAAUUCAAACUGUUGCCAGUAAAAUAGAGACAGAGGGAGAACGUAAGGAUACACGGGAAAAAGUAGAAGAAGCUAGAAAACAUCAAACGGAAGCGGCUAUUGUUAGAAUCAUGAAAGACAGGAAGACGAUGGAGCAUAAUAAUUUGAUUGCUGAAGUGACACGGCAGUUACAACCAAGAUUUGUGCCUAAUCCUGCUAUGAUUAAGAAACGUAUCGAGGCUCUAAUUGAUCGAGAGUAUCUGGAGAGAGCGGGUGAUAGGUUAGAAUGCUCUCUUUUAUCGGUUAUGUUAAUUUUUGAAUUUCGAUUGUUUAGUUAA